ACCAUCUGCUCGCCACUCGACGAUGCAUGUCCACGGCAAAAGGUUCCUCCUGCUCCCAUGGUGACCACCAUUGUAUACUGUUCUGUGAUCACCAGAUUGACCCAUUGAUCAAACAGGCACUCAUCUCGUAAUGUUACAGACUGUAAUCAGCACAACAUGCAAAGCAAGCAGUACAGGUUUUCUUCUCCAACGAAGCGUGUGCAGUGCAUCAAGUACUUGGUACAUGGCCAUGGCUAGUAGCACCAUCGUCACAUGCACACCUUGGGCCAAGCAAAAAGCAAACACCACCACCUCCAACUCCAUCUCCAUCUCCAUCUCCAUCUCCAUCGCCAUCGCCACCACCCGUGCUGCUCACAGAGAGGCAAAUCUUCCCCCUGCAGUGGGGUUGUGAAGAUCACGGGAGGUGCCUCAGCAAGAAGCCAUGGCUUGGGAAUGUGCUCUGCUGCAGUGGAAGUAGCCAUGGCUUGUGACUGUUCUUUCAGGCAGUAGAAGCAACAAGGAAGGCACUCGUCCAUUGCACCAUCUUUAAACCUGCCGUAAUGACCGGAUCAGCCGUCCGCCGCGACACGCGUCGAGCAUCCGAACCAUCUGGGAUCGAUCUCCCACCAAGUACUACGACCCCUUUCUUCUUGCAGACAAAGCUGCAGACGCCCCCACCUCGCUGCCAAAACCCUCUCCUUUCCGCUCUCGCCUCUGCCUCUUGGGCUCCAAAUCUCCCCCAGGGACCUUGGGGAAUGAUUUGAGGAAGCUUGGAGUGGGGUUGCGCUGUUCCUUGGAGCUCAAACAGCUCAGUCGAGCUUCACGGAGCAGCAAAGAAAAGGAGAGAUUUUUUAGGUUUUUGAUCGUCAAGAUCCACGAGCGGGAUCUUUUCUCGCCUUUCCGAGCUUUGUUCGUGUCGAGAAUCUGCCAAAAAUCCCAUCUUUCGGGGGUUUUCGUUCCAAAGAUCUGAUCUUUUUGUGUUCUUGCCCUGCUCAGCCGUCAAAGAUCGGGUUUCUUUGGGGUUGAUGUCGUUCCCGUUCCAGCAGCAGCAGCAGCUGCCGCCGCCGCCGGUGUACGCGUAUCGAUCCCACGGCGGGUCCGUCGGGCCGGUGAUCGCCGUGCUGGCGGCGAUCGCCGUGCUGGGAGUGAUCGCAGGCAUCCUGGGCCGGCUCUGCUCCGGCCGGACCAUAAUGGGGUACGGGCACUACGACUUGGAAGGGUGGGUCGAGCGGAAGUGCGCCUCCUGCAUCGACGGGAGACUGGAGGCGCCGCCCCAGCCGCGGCGGCCGAGCGCCAACGCGACCGGGGGAAGCCUGCCGUCCCCGUCCGCAGCGGCGACGCAGGCCAAGCAGUCGGAACGGCGGCCGGACGCCCCAGCAGGGGCGGCGGAGUCGUGAACUGAGACGGCGGCCUUCGAUGCAGCUGCUCUCUGCAUCAAAAAGCUUCCUUUUUUCUUCUCCUCCUUUCAAUCUUUUCUUAAUGGUCGUAACAGCUGUUUUGCUGUAUUAUGUUUAUGGAAGCCAUGAGUUCUUCCAUGGAUGUUUACUUGGGAUGGAUCAAUGGAAAUUGUGAGCACAUUGUUCUUUUUCCGCCAAACUCCUCAAAAACAACAAGAAAUCGUGUUCUUCAUAUG